AUGGAUAAAAAAGAAACAGCGAAAGAAAGUUUUGCCAAGCAUGAAUCAGAAAACAUGUCAAAACAAUAUUCUAAAUUGUUGCACAUAAAGAGACGUGAACAAUUAAAUAGUAUACAAAGUUUGUCAAAUCAAAAAGAUUAUAAAAAACAAAAAGACACCGUAAAACAAUUGAUUGCUGCAAUAAGAAAAGUACUUAUAGAGGACAAAGAAAUAUUAUCCAAUAUUGAAAUUAACAAUAUUGAAGAAAUUUUAUCAGAUAAGUCUUUAAUACGAGAUAACUUUGCUAGGGUCAUAGAGAACAUUGCAUUUUUUGGUGACAUUACCUUGCGAUUCCCUUUACAAAGUGGCAUUAAAUACAAUAAAGAUAUAGAAUUUAAUUCAGCUGUAAAUUGGGCUUAUAAUUUUUCAAAAAAUUUUUCCUACCUAUAUGAUGAUGGCACUUUAAAAAUGUUUCAUUUAUUUGCACAAGAAUUAACAAUUAUUCCCCGAGAAGCUAACUAUCGUAAUCCAUAUGAUAUCAAAAAUAUCAAAGAAGAUUUAAUUAUAGAAGCAUCUUUAAAGAUGAAGAAAGAACUAGAAGAAAAGAAAAAAGCAAAAAAAGAGGCCAGUUUAAAGAUCAAGAAGGACAAAUCCCAACAUAAUGAAUUGUGA